UUAGCAUCGCUCGUUGCGAAAUUUAGUUUUCGCCCAAAAGCCACGUCAUAUAAGUCGAGGGCGGUACCCCUUUUCACUCUCCUCCUGUUCGCUGGUCCGCUCAUCUGACGUCACCAUGACCGACAACGCCAACAUGGAGUUCUCCCGCCGACUGGCUCUCUUCUCCAACAAUGUCUACGAAAAGCUGUCGGCGCAGAAUCCCGGCCAGAACAUCGUCUUCUCACCCUUCGCCAUCCAGACGUGUGCGGCGAUGGUCCGGAUGGGCGCCGAAGGAGAGACGGCCACCCAGUUGGACCAGGGUCUUGGUUUGGCAUCCAGCGAUGCGGAAAAAAUAGCCGAUAGUUUCCGCAAGGUACUGGCCGGCUACAAGGACAGCAAGGUCCUGCGGAUCGCCAACAAGAUCUUCGUGAUGAAAGGAUAUCCACUACGACGGCAGUUUGUCCAGCUGCAGACUAAGCAGUUCCUCUCGACGGCGAAGAGCGUAAACUUCGCUAGGAGUGACAAGGCGGCAGCCACCAUAAAUAAGUGGGUAGAAAAGCGCACCAAACACUUGAUAAAAGACUUGGUUCCGGCCACCGCACUGAACGCCAAUUCACGACUGGUUCUGGUGAACGCAAUCCACUUCAAGGGCACCUGGCAGUACCAGUUCUCCAUAUAUAAAACCUGGCCGGAUACCUUCCACUUGGAUGGGGACCACAGCGUCCGUGUUCCGAUGAUGGUUUUAAACGAGUGGUUCCGUUAUGCCGAUCUGCCGUCGCUGGACGCCUCGGCCUUAGAGCUGCCCUACAAGGACUCUGACCACUCCAUGCUGAUCGUCCUGCCCAACAGCAAGACGGGUUUGUCCUCCCUGGAAGAAAAGCUGCGUGCGACGACUCUAUCGCUUAUUACAAAAAAGCUGCAAAAGACUGAGGUACUAGUGAAGUUGCCCAAGUUCAAGGCCGAGUUCCAAGUGGAGUUGACGGACGUUUUCCAGCAGCUGGGCAUGUCAAAAAUGUUUACCGACCAAGCGGAUUUCGGCAAGAUACUGAAAAAUCAGGACCCCCUCAAGGUGUCGGCCAUCAUACACAAGGCCUUUAUCGAAGUGAACGAAAAGGGAACCAAAGCUGCGGCUGUCACGGAUUUGCUCAUGAUUCCCCUUUCAUUGACCAUUUACCCCCCGGAACUGAAACGCUUCACUGUUGAUCAUCCAUUUAAGUUCUACAUUAUCAAUAAGGACUCAACUGUUCUUUUUGCUGGCAGCAUACAAAAGUUUUAAUUAAUCGUUUGAUCGCCAAACGUGUUUUGAUGACUUGCCGUGGUAUUACAUUGUUGCUUCGGGCGUCACUUCAAUCUAUAAUCAUACCAAAUUUAAUAAGCCUAAGACUGCGCCCAAUCGGAGAUAUUUUACAUACAGUUUAUAUUUUUGUACUUAGCUAGAUACUUGCCUCAAUAAACUGGACUAAAUUCAUAAG